CAGAGUUUUAGGGAGAGAAAAGUUGUAUAUAGAAAGAAAGCAAGAGGGAGAGAAGACAGCACAAACAGCAACUUUGUCCUUGUCCUAGAGAGAGAAAGGGUCAUAAGCAUAUAUAAGAGAAAAAAGAAAAAGAAAAAAGUAAAACAUUUUAUAGACACUAAGAGAUAGAGUGAAAGUGAGGGUUGUUGCAGUGAUAGCUGCAAAGCGCACAGAAGAGAGGGAGAGAGAGAGAGAGAGGCAAAAAAGUAAAGUAGAAGAAGUAAAGAGAGGUCGGGAAACCCUAAUCCUGGAAAUGGUUCAUUUUGCCACUCUCUGAAGACCACCAAUAAGGCUAUGCGUUACUUGUACUGAUUUGAUGGUUAAGUGAUUGGAGGAGGUCUUUGAUUUUAUGAUUUGAAGCAAAAUUCAGUACGUGAAGAAAGGGGAAGAAGAAAUAGUUUCUGAGUAUCGUGUUUUCAUCAAAUUAUCAACCUUUACCGGUUGAAAGACGAAUUUGGGACAGCCGGUAUUGAUUGAGGUGGAUUUAGACGCUUUGGUUUGACGUUGGAUCUUUGCGCUGGAGCCGUUAGGAUUACCGGGCACAAUGUCUUCCUUGAGUAGGGAGUUGGUGUUUUUGAUUUUGCAGUUCUUGGACGAGGAGAAAUUCAAGGAAGCAGUUCAUAAGUUAGAGCAAGAGUCUGGCUUCUUCUUCAAUAUGAAACAUUUCGAGGAGCAGGUCCAGGCGGGGGAGUGGGAUGAAGUGGAGCGCUACUUAUGUGGCUUCACUAAGGCAGAAGACAAUCGAUAUUCAAUGAAGAUUUUCUUUGAAAUUAGGAAACAGAAGUACUUGGAAGCUCUUGAUAGGCAGGAUCGAGCAAAGGCUGUUGAGAUUCUUGUCAAAGACCUUAAGGUUUUUGCGUCCUUUAAUGAGGAACUUUUCAAGGAGAUAACCCAUUUACUUACUCUUGAAAACUUUAGGCAAAAUGAGCAGCUUUCCAAGUAUGGAGACACAAAAUCUGCUAGAAACAUUAUGCUCAUAGAACUUAAAAAGCUUAUUGAAGCAAACCCACUUUUUCGUGAUAAGCUUGUGCUCCCAACCUUCAAGAGUUCACGACUAAGGACAUUAAUUAACCAGAGUCUAAAUUGGCAGCAUCAGCUUUGCAAGAAUCCUCGUCCGAACCCCGAUAUUAAAACACUCUUUAUAGAUCAUUCUUGCAAUCCAACUAGUAAUGGAGCUCGUCCUCCUCCCACAAACAGUCCUCUGAUGGGACCAAUGCCUAAGGCUGGGGCAUUUCCCCCCCUUGGUGCCCAUGGUCCUUUUCAGCCUGUUGUUUCCCCAUCUCCUGGUGCUAUUGCUGGGUGGAUGUCUGGCACCAAUCCUUCUUUACCACAUGCUGCUGUAGCAGCAGGGUCACCCGGUCUUAUGCAGCCUUCUAGUGCAGCUGCAUUCUUGAAACACCCAAGGACCCCCACUGGUGUAACUCGCAUGGAUUAUCAAUCUGCUGAUUCUGAGCAUGUGAUAAAGCGUAUUCGUACAGGCCAGUCUGACGAGGUGUCCUUUUCUGGUGUAAUGCAUACACCUACUGUCUCUUCACAAGAUGACCUUCCUAAAGCUGUUGUACGGACCCUCAAUCAAGGAUCUAAUGUCAUGAGCAUGGACUUCCAUCCAAAGCAACACACUAUUCUUCUAGUUGGGACAAAUGUUGGUGACAUUAGCAUUUGGGAAGUUGGAUCCCGGGAGAGGUUGGCACAUAAACCUUUCAAGGUUUGGGAAAUCUCAAAUGCUUCUAUGGCUUUGCAGACUGCAUUGCUCAAUGAUGCUGCGCUAUCGGUGAAUCGAUGUGUUUGGGGGCCAGACGGAGUUAUGCUUGGUGUUGCAUUCUCAAAACAUAUUGUCCAAAUAUAUACAUAUAAUCCAACUGGAGAACUAAGACAUCAUUUGGAGAUUGAUGCUCACAUUGGUGGUGUUAAUGACAUUGCAUUUGCUCAUCCCAACAAGCAACUAUGUAUUGUCACAUGUGGUGAUGAUAAGAUGAUUAAGGUAUGGGAUGCUGUAGCUGGAUGUAGACAGUACACUUUUGAAGGCCAUGAAGCUCCUGUAUAUUCAGUCUGUCCUCAUUACAAAGAAAAUAUCCAAUUUAUUUUCUCUACUUCCAUUGAUGGGAAAAUCAAAGCUUGGCUAUAUGAUUGCUCAAGAUCUAGAGUGGAUUAUGACGCACCUGGACUAUGGUGCACCAUGAUGGCAUAUAGUGCUGAUGGAACCAGGCUCUUCUCAUGUGGAACAAGUAAAGAAGGUGAAUCACAUCUAGUUGAGUGGAAUGAGAGCGAAGGAGCUAUAAAACGGACAUAUUCUGGUUUCAGGAAGCGCUCCUUAGGUGUUGUCCAGUUUGACACAACCAGGAACCGAUUCUUAGCUGCUGGUGAUGCCUUUCAAAUUAAGUUUUGGGAUAUGGACAAUACAAAUAUGUUGAUAGCUGUUGAUGCAGAUGGAGGAUUGCUUGCUAGUUCUAGACUUAGAUUCAACAAGGAGGGGUCGUUGUUGGCAGUCACGACUAGUGACAAUGGAAUCAAGAUUUUAGCCAACAAUGAUGGUGUGUGCUUGAUAAGAAUGUUGGAGAGCAGGGCUAUUGAUAAAAAUCAAGGCCCUUCUGAACCCAUCAACUCUAAGCCCCUACUUGGUAACUCUUUAGGUCCAUUUACAAAUGUUUCUCCUGCUGCUGCUCCAAUAGUGGACCGUCCUGAUAGAACCCCUCCUGCUGUAUCCAUCAGUAAUCUUGGUACCAUGGACAGCAGCAGGCUACUUGAUGUGAAACCACGGAUCUCAGAUGAUGCAGGCAAGAUUUUGAGCUGGAAAAUAUCUGAUGUUGUGGACACAUCUCAUCUCAAGGUUCUACGAUUGCCCGACCCUGUAACAGCAGGCAAGGUUGUGCGACUGAUCUACACUAACAAUGGCCUUGCUCUGUUGGCCCUUGCUUCCAAUGCUGUUCACAAACUUUGGAAAUGGCAACGUAGUGACAGGAAUCCUCUGGGAAAGGCUACUGCAUAUGUUGUGCCGCAGUUGUGGCAGCCUCCUAAUGGAACUCUUAUGAGUAAUGAUGUAAAUGAAAAUAAACCAGCUGAAGAGUCAGCUUCAUGUAUUGCUCUAUCUAAAAAUGAUUCUUAUGUCAUGUCUGCAUCUGGUGGGAAGGUCUCUUUGUUCAACAUGAUGACAUUUAAGGUCAUGGCUACAUUUAUGUCCCCACCUCCUGCGGCAACUUUUUUGGCAUUCCACCCUCAAGAUAAUAAUAUCAUUGCUGUAGGAAUGGAGGAUUCUUCUAUUCAAAUAUAUAAUGUCAGAGUUGAUGAGGUUAAAACCAAACUCAAGGGUCACCAGAAUCGGAUUACAGGGCUUGCAUUUUCGCAAACCUUAAAUGCUCUGGUUUCUUCAGGAGCUGAUGCACAGUUAUGUGUAUGGAGCAUUGAUGUGUGGGAGAAGAAGAACUCAAGGUUCAUUCAAGCACCAGCUGGUCGCCAAUCCCCACUGCUUGGAGAAACUAAAGUUCAGUUUCAUAAUGAUCAAGCGCAUCUGCUGGUUGUACAUGAAAGUCAAAUUGCGGUCUAUGACAGCAAGCUUGAAUGCUUGCUCUCAUGGUCAUGGUCUCCAAAAGAGACACUUACUGCUCCCAUCUCAAGUGCAAUAUAUUCAUGUGAUGGUUUACUGGUUUAUGCUUCUUUCUAUGAUGGUGCUGUUGGAGUUUUUUAUGCGGAUAGCUUAAGGAUCCGAUGUCGAAUAGCACCUUCUGCUUAUAUACCAUCCUUCGCUGCUAGCAACCCGGUUUAUCCUUUGGUCGUCGCUGCUCAUCCAUCAGAGCCUAACCAGAUCGCACUUGGCAUGAGCGACGGCGCAGUACACGUAGUAGAGCCAUUUGAUGUAGAGCAAAAAUGGGGUGGCCCAUCCUCUCAAGAUAAUGGAUCAAUACCUUCAAAUUCAUCAAAUCCUUCCCCGAGUGGUCAAGCAUCAGAGCUUCCCCCUAGGUGAUGGGGGCAUAGAUAAGCAUGUGCAACCACAAGGAAGUAUAGAGUGUUUGUGAAUUUUACUCAUUACAAAUUUCAUAUUUUGCCCUAAGCCAUUGCUUUCUAUCGCGGCUUUAUAAAAUAUUUGUUGUAAAUUCAUUUUGUUUAAUUUAGCUAAUAUAAAUUUGUUUGGAGGAAAUUUAA